AUGGAAGCUUCCGACAUGAUUCGAAAGGCUCAGGUCGAUGACCAAUUGAGGGUCUAUCGGAACAAUCUAAUUGUCGCCGUUCUCGAGAAGCGGAUUAAGCUUCAAAAUGUUAAGGGCUCUUAUUUUGAAGGCCCGGGAAGCCCAAGCAAAGGGGUCGCUGGAAGCCCAAACAAGGGACACUCCACCACCCGGCAACAGCAGUUUGCAAAGUCUUUGACAGUCGAAAAUCUCCGGGCAGCGAAAAUCCCGGUGCAGAAUCUUCCAAUUCUGCACAAGGCAGAUAGGAUCAUACGGGAACGCAACCAGGCUGCCCACGAUACGACCGUUUCCUUCGCAAGGCUCCUCAUGGCCGAGGAGGAGAGAGACCCCGAAGCCGUCGAGUAUGAAUUGUGGGCGGAUCUUUUUCUCUUUCUUCAGGGCAAGACAAUUCCUGAGGUGGCCGCCGAAGAAGAAGAAGAGGAAGCUCUAGUGCAAGAGCUACGGAAAGCUGUCAAGGAGUUCAACGUACACCAGGCUAGGAACACAUGAAAAUGGCAGAGCUUACAGAUUCGCCUCUCGCCCGACUUGUCUUCUGCCUGCCGCCACCCUCCAGGCCGCCUACCUACAGUCGCGCCAUUUUUGUUCCCCCAAUAUAUUUUACGAAAUAUGUCCAUUCGUCUCUAUCCGACAAUGUUUCUACCGUGGGGCAGCAUUUCUGGGGU